GAAUUUGUUUCUAAAGUUGUUGAUAUGUCACCCCACCAAAAAAUAUCCACAUAUAAUCGUGUAUCAAUACAAGUCGUCUGCACGGUGUUGUAAAAGAGUUUUGAUUUGGUGCAAUGAAGUCGUUUCUGGGCGGUAGCGUCAGGCUUAAAAUAGUUUGGUUUUUCAGCAUUGAGUAGUUUUUGGGCAGAAAUGUUCAUAAGGGAAAUAAUCUGCGGAAGCAGAUCCUUUGCACGGAAAUUAAAUUUAUAUCCUGGAAAAGCUUAAAACAUAUGUUUCCUCUGCGAUUGCAUACAUUUUUUUAAAGAAGACUAAAUGUAACGGAUUUACUGGCUAUUACUAAUGCAUACUCACUUGGAACAUUAACACGUACAUUAAGAAAUGAUGAUUGAGACAUCAAUAUAUCGUACUAAUUGUGUACCUCUAGUAAUGAUUACGCUACUUAUAAUUGACCAUCGACUGAUCGUUGUGGAUUCUAGAGUUCAAGCACUUCCCAAAGCAAUGGAGAAUAAAUAUUUGAUACGUGAACUUUCGAAGGAAACCCCUGAACAAAUGAAUAUACCAGUUGAUCACGAGCAGAUCGUCCGAUUGCCAUCAAACUCUUUACUCAAAUACACAUCCUACAAGGAUGUCGCUAUUUUGCACUUCCGUGUUCCACCGGAUUCUCGGGCUGCUUAUUUUACCUUUAAAGCAUUUGAGGAAUCAAAAAAUGCCUUUAAACGAAAGUGUAAAGCUAAAGAUGUUACGUUACAUUUGAAGGCAAGCAGCUACCCAGUUAUUAGUCCUGAAAAUAUAACAUUUCCGAAGAACUUUUUCAGCCCUGAGCAAAGGUUCAAAGUUCAUAGCCUACAAUUCCAGUCCAAUGAUUUACAACAACGUAUUGAUAUACAGGGUCCUCACAUAGGUAACUGGUUUGCAGUCGCAUUUGUCAGUUGGACAGAUCCCAAUAAUGAUCGCAUUGAGCAACAAGGCCUCGCUGCCUCAUGCGACUCGUUGUUGCUGGCUGAGUUGUCUGUGACGCGCUUCCGCCCGAUUAGCGUAAAUAAUGGUCAAGUACAUAAUGGCAAUCUAACGAACUAUGAUAUUGCUCAAGAAGGCGAUGAGGACGAAAGACUUUCUCUGCACGGCACUCAAAAUCAACUACAACAGCUAAGUAUAAAAACCAAAAGAAAUGCUCAACUUCAAAACUUCACUCACAAUAACCCCACAUCCGGGUCGAAGAGCGAUGAGCACAAACUCCACGACAGUGGUAGAAGCAACGAUGCAACAACCGGAAACAAUGAAAUUACUUACAAAUUCUAUGUGCCUGACAACGUUGGCGUUGCCACGGCUCGUAUCUCAUUCUUAAAAGUGUGCGUACAUUGUCCAGACGUUGGUUUUUAUGUCCAAGCAAAUGCAUACCCACAGAAAAAUAUUGAAUACAGCGAGGACGAACAAAACAAGAUCCAUAUUACGGUCAUCCGGGCAAAUCAAACGAAGGAAAUCUCAAUUCAGUUUUGUGUGCAGCCGAGCACAUGGCACUAUGCCAAGCUAAAAUUUGUUGGCAAAGCGGAACAAGCAAAGUAUGGGGCAGGAAAAAAAAAAAUACUGACUAAAGGUGAUGAAGAAACCGAUCCCUUUUCAGAAACAGAGCGUAGUUUGUUGAAAAAGCUCAUAGAUAAUUCAAAAUUGGAUGUGCCGGAAAAUGUAUCGUAUUCUAUCAAAAUUGAUUUUCAUCUCCCAGAGCCAAUUAGCGUUUUAAAGAGAAAAAAUAUGCAAGGUGAUAAAGAUACUAAUAGCUUUAACGCAUGGAGUCCGACGCGCUUUCGUAACAUGAACUUCUACUCACUGCUGCGGCAAACAUAUCGCGAGUUCUUUAUGUUUGAUUAUGAUCUCAAACCAGAUGAAAAUGGCACUGUACCUGCCGUCCUUAACUUAACGACAGAAUCAGCUUCAGGAUUCUCAUUUGACCUCGGCGAAGUAAAUGAUAUUGGAGGCACACUGACAUUCGCCGUGUCUAUGAAGCAUGCUCUCCAUACAAAUACCGAAGUAAAGUUGCUUCCCCCGAAACUUUCGCCAGCCUCUGAGCGUGGGGGCAUACUAGCUGAAAAACUUAUAAGCGAUCCAAAUGAUACUGUACUGCCAAAAUUCAAUAAUCACAGCAUACAAAUAAUUGUUUGUAUGCAAUUGGGCGAACCCGGAGUUCCCACAUGGCCGGAUAAAUGCCGCUACGGACAGCAUCUGAGACACGCGUCUAAAAUAGUGAACAACACGGAUAGUGUUGGCCUAAUUCAUGUUCCCUUUCCUGAAAGUGGACGAUGGUAUGUGACCAUGGGACUCUACUGCCAUGGAGCAGAAACGGCACGUGGUACAUUAAUCGAUAAUAUCAAGGAGUUCGUUGGCCAUCAUAAAAACCUCCUGAUGGAAAUGCGCCCUCCGUGUCCCUGUGCUAGUGCUGCUAAAGAAUACGAUGCCUGUAUAAAAUCGCCAGAUUGCUUAGCUGGAAUGAAUGAAACGGAGACAUUCAAAGUGAAGGAAUGUUUGAUGGACUAUCAAUGCACUUCCAACUACGACAUGACAGGGUUAUUCAAAAUACACCACAAAACUGCGAUGGAGGAACAUAUUGAAGACAAUAACUGUAACACUUCAGUGGUGUUUUCCGUGUCAUCAAGCCCUUGUGUGGGAGGAAGUUGCGGUCACUUUGGCCGCUGUUAUCACUAUAUGUCCGGUGGCUUUGUUUUUUCCACAUGCGUAUGCAUGAAGGGAUAUCGGGGUUGGGACUGUACCGAAGAUUCCCAGGUUCCUACAAAUAUGUCCAUCUUACUUGCAUCCUUGUUACUAACUUUAAGUAACUUAAUCUUCGUUCCGAGCAUUUACGUCGCUCUAAGUCGCCGCUACUUUACAGAAGGCAUAAUUUAUUUUUUUGCAAUGUUUUUUUCGACUUUCUAUCAUGCCUGCGAUUCGGGCGAAGAUGAGUAUAGUUUUUGUCUGGUAAAAAUUGGUGUUUUACAAUUUUGCGAUUUCUAUUGUGGACUUUUGGCUAUCUGGGUAACACUUGUAGCUAUGGCCGACGUCCGACAACAGUUUGCGUCUCCUUUACAUAUGUUUGGUGCUAUUCUACUAGCAUUCGGAACAGAGCUUAAUAAACAGAGCCUUUGGGUUUUCCUCGCACCAGCCUUGACAGGAAUCUGCCUAAUUUCGACCAGCUGGGGCUUUCGCUGUGCCAAAACUCGCAAAAUGUUCCCGUCUCGCCGCUACUUGACAGUUUGGCUGCCUUUUGGGAUUUGCCUUGUUUGUGUAGGCUUGGUGUGCUAUGCUUUUCUGCAAACAAAGCAAAAUUAUCACAUUGUUCACUCAAUCUGGCAUAUAGUUAUGGCAUUAAGCAUUUUAUGUUUACUACCUUCCCGAAGUACGGCGAAAUGCUAGAAUUUUUAGACUACCUGGAUAGACUAAGGAAUUAUGUUUAAAUGUAACUGUUGAUGUUAAAUACAAAAAAUAUCCCAUUGAAA